UCUCUCCUACUCUUCGGCGAAGAUGCAAACCAGGAAGUGGAACCAAAAAUACCAUGGCUGUAUGAGCAAAAUUCAUCAGCAGUGAAAGUUGUGAAGUUCAGUCUUCAGUUUGCGUCACAGCAGACCGCCUGUCAUCACACGGAUGGGACUUUUGUUCAGAAGAUGUGAAAAGUGCAUGGGAUAAAGAGAAAUAAAUACUCCUGAUGGCGAUUUAAUACAUUAGCAGACCUAGCCUAAUGUGUAGUCAUACAUCCUUUCCUCGGAGGGAUUAAUGUUACAGCGCUCGCUUCUUUUGUUUCGUCAAAUCUUCGAAAACUAUCCAAGAUUAAGACUGAAAGUGAUUUAUUUCCCACUUGACCCUCUUAAAAUGAAUACACCCGGGCUGAACAACAUUGAGAUGUUUAGAUUUACUUUGGGAGACAAACGUAACCAGCUCGCCGUGUAAAUAAAAGGCUGCGUAAUCCAUUGCACGCGUAAUAUUGUAACGUUACGCGUUGCACAAUUGAACAAGAUUAAUUCGAUUAUGGCAAUCUGAUGAUUGUUAUAACCGCACUGAUUAAAUGAACGAAACUAUAAAAUGCUAUACCUGGACGGGACUUAGAAAACUACAUACCGGAAGUACUAAGGUGUUGUCAAUGUGUGUAGUUUGACUACUUGACUUGGCUGUGUUCUUCUCUCUUGUAGCUGUCCGCUAGUUCAUACUCAUUCUUAACUAAAUGAUUAUGGAGCUGGUGCAGUGUUCCUACAGCACUCGCGCCGUGUCUCUCCGUUUCAGCGCAGCUUUUACUCCCCUCGGAGUCUGCAAGUAUCCGGACAGGAGGUUCAGCGGCAUGCCGUCUGAUGUGGAGUACAGCCCGGUGGGAGAGGGUCUGGGGAUGCGGGACUUCUGGCUGUAUGUGUGGCUGCGAAGGGCGGCGGUGAUAGCCGCUCAUGUCACCGGCCUGGGCCUGACCCUCAUCAUCUCCCUGCUCUCCAGACCCGGAACUAGUCUGUUCUCUUGGCAUCCAGUGUGUAUGUCGGUUGCAUACUGCCUGUGUAUGACUGAAGGCAUCCUUCUCUUCUCAGCUGAAGUAUCCCCCUUUUGCUUCGUAUCUCGGAAAGGUAAAAUCCGUCUCCACUGGUUCUGUCAGGCUCUGGUCCUGAUAGCUGCUGCCACUGGGCUGGGCUUCAUGGUGGCCAGUAAGAACGUGUCGGAGCUCCCCCACCUGGUCACCUGGCACAGUUUGCUGGGCAUUUGCACCUUGGCUGCCACCGCGCUCCAAGCAGCUUGCGGUGUCUGCGUGAUCUUUCCUAAGCUGCUGCGUCUGUCAUCCUCUCCUCUGAGGCUGAAGCUUUACCACGCCACCUGCGGCCUGGUGGUCUACCUGCUGGCCACAGUGACCGUAGUGUCGGCCAUGUUUUCAGACUGGUUCCAGGCCACGGUGAAGGGGCUGACCUGGUGGGCCUUCCUCCUUCUGCCCCUCUUCCCAGCCCUGGUGGUGAUGAACCAGAUCACUAAUGCAUACCUGCCCCGCAAGAAGAUCACCAGCUAGGAUGCACAGACACAAGUACAAGGCAGAUUCGCUUCAUUCCCUCUGUGGCCAAAUUGUACUCAGAGGCCCAGAGAAUCAGAUGGAAGCAAGAACCCUCCACUAAAGCAGCCUUUGAAGGUAAAAUAAGUAAAGCAACAGCUUGACAUACUGUUUCUGUCGGUCUAACACUGCAGGUAUCUGACGAGAAGCUCUGAAGCCUGGACUGUAGUUUUAGCAGUGAAAAAGACAGUGCAUACUGUAGAUAUGUUUGUGGAGGGAUGUGCUGUUUUUACAAGGACACAGCUUCAGAGAUGAAGGUGAUAUGGAUGAUUAUAUACCAGUCUGGAAAUGUAAUUUAUUUGUUCUUUUAUCAUAUUUUUGUGUUAUGUCUAUCUUGGCUGCUUACAUGAGCUACAUUUUAAAGCAUUUUAUUAUUUAAA